GAAGAUGAAUGGGGGUGAGGGAGAGCGGUAUAUUUCAGAACAGUCGACAGCUGUUUUUUCUCCGUCAAACUGAAUUAAAGGGGCUGUAAAGUUUCCUAACUAAACGUUCCCUGAACUUAGGGUUGUCAACUUGUCAGGAAGGCGGGGGAAGGAAAACACCCAGCCUCUCCUGCUCUUGCGCCUUUAACACCAGCUGGAUAGGCUGGAAUUUUGGAAAUUAGCAGCUGCACCUUUUCAAAGCCGGCCCCAUCUCCCUAACGUCUGCAGGCCAAAAGGCCCUUAAGGCACAAUCAAAGUUGAUCACCCUAAAGCAAGAUCACUUUAAUUUCUAAAUGUCUCUUUUUUAAAAAACCAAUUCAAAUGGUGUAAAUAUUAUGUAUAGACAUAAAUAAGCCCUUUGGGGUAUUCAAGGGAGCCUCGUUCCUUUGCUUAACCCACACAAAAGAAAAGAUUAACACUGCCCGCCUAUGCAUGCUUACGCAGAAGUUAAAUGUGUUUAAUAAAGCCAGGGAAGCGUGCACAGGAUUGCAGCCUCCACAGUGCACGCCUACUUGGAAACACCCUCCAGCGAGACAGGCUCCCUCCCAACCCCACCGCAAGCGCGGGAGAAGCUCCUGCCUGCGUCGAAAGCGACUGACUGCACAGCACUUCCUUCUCCUCCGUGGACGGCAGCCCUGCGACGGCCACGUGGAAGGACCCAGUUCCUUGGCGGCGGCGGCGGCGGCGGCAGCAGCACCUGGAGAGCGCCGACAACGCCGAAGCCCGGCGGCAGAGAAGCGCAGCCUGUCGUCCCAGCCUCGCCAUGUCUGUUAGCGAGAUGUUUAUCACCCUGCAGGGGGUGCUCACUGCCGACCAGGAUAUCCGCGAGGAGAUCAGGAAAGUUGUUCAAACUCUGGAGCAAACAGCCCGGGAAAUUCUAACAGUGCUACAAGGGGUCCACCAGGGUUCUGGAUUUCAGGACAUACCAAAGAAGUGUCAGAAGGCUCGUGAGCACUUUGCUACUGUGAGAACGCAGUUGGCCUCUCUGAAAGUCAAGUUUCCUGUAGAUCAGUAUUACAGAUUUCAUGAACACUGGAGAUUUGUGCUGCAGCGUUUGGUGUUCUUGGCAGCAUUUGUUGUCUACUUGGAGACAGAAAACCUAGUGACUCGGGAAGCUGUUACAGAAAUACUUGGAAUUGAAGCUGAAAGGGAGAGAGGGUUUCACCUGGACAUAGAGGAUUAUCUCUCUGGGGUGUUGACUCUUGCUAGUGAGCUGUCUAGGCUAGCAGUGAACAGUGUCACAGCUGGGGACUACUCUCGCCCACUCCGCAUCUCUGCUUUCAUCAAUGAGCUGGAUUCUGGAUUCCGCCUUCUCAACUUAAAAAAUGACUCCCUGCGGAAGCGCUAUGAUGGCCUCAAGUAUGACGUCAAGAAGAUUGAAGAGGUGGUUUAUGACUUGUCCAUUAGAGGGCUCAAUAAGGAGGCAACCACGGGUGCUGGUGGGGAGAAAUAGACAAGGGCUUGUUGAACUGAAUCAAUGAUUACCUCAGUUUUCCUGCCAAUGAAGGAGAAGCUUUAACUGAGCUCUCCAGCAGUAGCUUAGAGGAACCACAAGCUGCAAACCACUGUCUGUCUUUCUGAAUGUUUAAUAUGUCCAAGUGGAAACACUCAAAAAUUGUGCUGAGAACUCCAUUUGCAGCACAAGUUGCCAUUUUGUAAACUGUGUUCUGAACGACAGCCAUAGCUGUCCAUUUGUCCUGCAGAACCAGGUCUGAGAGUUCUCAGGUCACAGGGAUUUCUUGGGGUUUUUUUCUUUUCUUUUCCAGCCACGCUGAGCCUCAUCUUUCUAGACCUCCACGUCUUUGAUAUUUAGUGCAGUUGAAUGCAAACUACCCACAACUAGUAUGUAAAUAUCUUUAUCAUUUAAAAAAAAUUGGUCAAAACAAUUUGUUUCUGCUAGUACAUCAGACUGAUUGCUAUAUUUUUUUUUUAAAGUAGAGUUUGGAAUUAGGAUAAUCUGUUCAGUAGAUGUAUCAUUGGGAAUUUAUGUUCUUAUCAUUGUUGCAUUGUACUCCGAUAUCUUUCUAUUCUUCAGACAGCUGGCUUUUACACCUAGGAAGAAAAGGUAACUGUGCUUUGAAAUGUAAACACUUGCUUGUAGGCACAUUCCAAGUAUGUACCAAAUGUUAAGAGAGGCUGAUCUUUAGCACACCUGUUCUUCAAGUGACUGAUUAAUUGGAGGGUUAUGGGGUGGGGGGUUAAGCAUUAAGCAUGGAUUUCAAGAAGGCCCAGUAACUAUGUGCUGAAGUGAGGGUCUUGCUUCUUUGGAUUCCAAGUGGCCUAUUUAGUGUUUCCUUCGUUUUGUAUUGUAUAUUUUAAAAGAUCCAAUGUAGGUCAUGCAGGAAGUACACUGUUUGGUCUUAACAAAGAUGGAAAAGAUGUACUCUUGACUUGAUCCUAAACACAUCUACCUGAGGUAAGUUCUUUGGUUCCACUGAGGAACCACUGUGUUCUUUGCUUCCACUGUGCUUAUUUUCAAGUAGGUGUACACAGGAUCACAGGCUUAGUACAGUAUAGAAGAUAGAGAUACAAAGCCAACUGGCCUCUCAUUUGCGUGUGUGCUGCUUCCACUGUCAGUACUUAACUUCUUGCAGAUCUCAUCUGUGUUAAAUCCCACCCCCACAGUAUACAGUAUUCUAAAUGAACAUUUUUUCACAUGGUGUGCAUUGUCAAAACCUUUCCCUCUUUGCCCUAAAGUUUUCCUUUGAUAAAGAUCACUUCCAAAGAAUAAGAUUCUUCAUGCUUUUCAAUAUUAGCAGCUGUAAGUAACUUUGUUUGUAAAGCUUUGCAUUGUUCUGGUUUCAUAUUUUUUUAAACAAAAUGUUCAGUGGGAAGAAAAUACUUCCUUUACAUGGAUAAAUAAAACAGUUCUUUAAUGUU